AACUGCAAUUGAAUCAACAUUCUAAUGAAUCCAUCAUGGCAAAGGUUGAUAGUCAUUUGUAAUGACAUCACCUGUGUGCGUUCUGAUCCUGUCAUUUUGCACCUGAUAACCAUUGACCUCGAAAUGAGGAUAGCUUAGUAGGCCUACUUCUGUAUCUUCAUGCUUUGUGUGGACAUCGACAUAUUUUACAACGAGCGUAGGCUAGUCUAUAAUGGACGUGCAUAACUCUUCUACCAGUAGCGAACAAGCGUACGGACAAAACACUCGAUGUGAUGGGACAACAUUAAUACACGAGAAGAAGUUAAUCGGCGGCAAAUCUGUGCUCGAUUAUAAUUCCAUGGGCCUACAAACUGCGUCUAUCAAGAGCCUUGGAUCAUGGACAGGUCUUCAUGACAGGCCACCAGCUGGGGUAGGCGUCGCGCCGGCUGAUUCUGAAGAGAAAAUGAUAGAGCUCCGCGACACGAGUGGAGACCCAGAAAGCCAGAGUUUGGAUUCUUUUAGAGAGACUCGCAGUGACCCUUUCGAACGAAAAUCUAGGAAAUGUCGCUUUUGUGACGAGGCAAAGUUCCUCGCCACUUUCAUCACCUUUUCACUGGGAGUGACCCUUGUCCUUGUUGUGCAUAUUUAUAUCGCACCUCCUGAGGUAGUGGGCCCUGGGGUGGUGGUGACUGACAGCGAGCUGUGUGCAUCGCUAGGGCUGGGGGUGAUCAGAGAUGGGGGAUCCAGUGUGGACGCUGCCAUCACCACAGCACUCUGCCAGGGUAUAGUACAUCCACACCUCUCUGGCAUAGGAGGUGGUGGGGUGAUGCUGGUUCAUGAUGGUCGGAAAAAUGAAAGUGUGGUGAUUGAUUUUGGUGAAACGGCUCCCUCUAGAAUUCAAGAGAAAAUACUACAACAUGACCUGCAGCACAAGUCAGGCCUUCUUGUUGGAGUGCCAGGCAUGCUCAGAGGGCUACACCAGGCACAUCAGCUGUAUGGAAGGAUGCCAUGGCAUGAUGUGGUGGUGAGAGCAGCCAACAUUGCAAAAGAAGGAUUCAAUGUCUCUGACAGCCUGGCUCGGGCCAUAGACUCUCAGAAAGGGAAGAAUGUCUCUACGAACUUCAGGGCAAUGUUCUUACCUCAGGGUCAGCCACUUCCUCCACUCUCCACCCUGAAGCUACCCCAUCUGGCCACUCUUCUGGAACGUGUUGCCAGCCAUGGGAUGGAGGAGUUCUACCACGGGAAUGUAUCUGAGGAAAUUGCAUUAACAGUGCAGGCAAAUGGGGGAGUGCUUACCAGAGCGGACCUGGCUAACUACAGCUCGGUGCUACAAGAGGCUUUAACAAGCCAGUUUAAAGGAUACCAGGUGCAUGUACCUCCUCCACCCAGUGCUGGUGGAGCUCUGCUGUACUUCCUCAAUAUCAUAGAGGGCUUUAAAUUCACUGAACAAAAUCAAGAAGGUAGUGCCCCCCACUGGAUUGCAGAGGCCCUAAAAGCAGCCCUAGACCUGGCAAAUGGGUUGGUGGACCCCAAGUUUGACUCCUCUGUCUCAGGCACCAUCUCUAACAUGCUCAGUAAAUCACAUGCCGCCGUGCUGCGUCACAUGAUUAGCAAUUCCAGCUAUGCAGGAGGUCCUGGGUUCAACUCCCGGGGAAGCUCCGAACACUCAGGACUCCGUAGCCUGCGGGGCAAUGCUAGUGCUUCCAGCCAAGUGCUUGUCAUGGGCCCUGAUGACGUUAUUGUGUCACUGUCGUGCUCUCUCAAUUGGCCCUUUGGAAGUGGACUCAUCACCCCAUCUGGUAUUGUUUUAAACAGCCAAGUUAUGAACUUCUCCUGGCUUACAGCUCCUCAGAACAUGACCUUUUUGAACCAGCGUAACAGGCUCCAGAGAGGGAAGAGGCCCCUGUCCUUUCUCAUGCCCACCAUAGUGAGACAGAUGGGCAGGCAGUGUGGGCAGUCUGUGGCCCUGGGGGCCUCCAUAGGUCACUGGGCCCUAAGUGGCAUAGCUCAGGUGCUGAUUAAACUGAUGUCAGCCCACAAAAAUCUGACUUACUCUUUAUCGGAAGGGAGACUCCACCCAAGUCUGCAAACAAACGUUAUUCUGGUUGAUUCUGAGUUCCAGGAGGGGCGUGUACAGGCCCUGCGUCAGAGGGGCCAUGUUGUCCAGAGGGUGGAGCAUCUCUCCCUGGUGCUGGGAGCCGAACGAAGAGGAGAUGUGAUGCACGGAGUCACAGAUCCACGCUCCACUGAGGCCUCGGCUCAGGCUAUCACAAGGCCCUCGCCAGGGGUCCAGAUUAAGCCAGGAUCUUGA